UCCAUUUUUACUCUUCUCAAAUUCUCUUCUUCCAGCUUGUUUCUCUAGUCAACUGUAUCAUAAUUCAUAGAAAAAACAUAACUUUUGCCUUUAGGUACAAUUCCAGGCGCUAUUCGAAAUCAAAAUUUCCAAUUUUACUAGAGGUUUUGAAUGGUUAGGUUCCAAUUUUGGGAGUUCUAAUUAGAUUUUAGGAAGUUAGUUCAAAUUGCAGAGUUGAAUCCAUUUUGGUUUCUGGGUGUGGUUUGUAAUCAAAGUUCUUGUUCAAUCUAACUUUUUUUGGGAUAAAAUUUUGUGAGGGGGUGGAAAGGGAGUACUAGUUUCACUGGAAGAACAACUUUACAUUUCAAAGACAAUGAUUCUGUCAUUCAACGGGUGCAUUCUGUGGAAACUGUACUCGGUUCUUGACAAAAAAUCUAUUGUUGAUAAAAGCUUUUACUUUUGGAUUUUCCAGAUUUUUAACAGAUACAGCCUUGGCAGUUAGCGGCAAAGUUCAUAACUUUCUGGACUCUGCUUUUGUUCUGUUUUGCUCUAUUUCUGUUUUCUGUUUCCCCUUUUCUGCCAAUCUAUUCUUUCAUUUCCUUAUAUUUCUAAACUAUCGUACUAGAGGAAAGUUAAGCAAACUGGGGACUGAGAUAAUGGGAGGAGCAUCACUGCCACCAGGCUUUCGGUUCCAUCCCACUGACGAGGAAUUGGUAGGAUAUUACCUGAAGAGAAAAACUGAAGGACUCGAAAUUGAGCUUGAAGUGGUUCCUGUGAUCGAUUUGUACAAGUUUGAUCCUUGGGAGUUGCCAGAGAAGUCGUUCCUUCCGAAACGAGAUCUGGAAUGGUUCUUUUUCUGCCCCAGGGAUCGAAAGUACCCAAAUGGCUCAAGAACAAACCGAGCCACCAAAGCUGGCUAUUGGAAAGCUACAGGAAAAGACAGGAAAGUGUUGUGUCAAUCUGCUGUGACUGGCUACCGUAAGACCCUAGUUUUCUACCGGGGACGUGCCCCUUUAGGGGAUCGAACGGAUUGGGUUAUGCAUGAGUAUCGGCUGUCUGAUGGGCCUGCUCAAGGAUCAACUAAUCAGGGUGCUUUUGCCUUGUGUCGUGUUGUGAAAAGGAACGAACAGAAGAAGAAUGAUGCCCAUAGAGAACCCAAAGCCACGAGGGUCGGAGGCAGUUCAACCAGUGUGGAACUGAACACCUCAUCAAGGAUCUGCAACGCACCCUUGAGCACUUCUGAUGACAUUUCGUGUCAAACAAGUUACCCUAACAUCGAGAGUCGUUAUGCAAGCCCUAUCACUUCUCCUUAUCCUUAUGAAGUCACACAAGUGCCACCAUUUGAGCCUGUUUCUGUGGAUACCGAUCCUUCAAGCGUCUGGGUCUCACCUGACCUAAUUCUUGAUUCUUCAAAGGAUUAUCCACAAAUAUGUCAAACAGCAGCCCACUACUUUCCAAUGAACGAGUUUCCUAGCUCAGUGGCCUCCUGGCAGCAAUAUGAACAUAAUGAUUUCUCCCCUAGCUCAUCGUACUCAAAUUUUGGGGAAACCGAACAUGUUGAUGAUCUCAGUCGCAUUGGCUGCAUGUCACUUUACUCAGGGCAUGCAAAUUACAUAGACUUCUAUGGCAAUGAAGGCUAUGACCAGACUGGUUCAUUCAACUAUCUGAAUCCUUUCUGAAAAAGGAAGGAAAGAUCAUGUUAGCUCUUCUUUUCUCGAUGGAGGGCUUGAAACUUUGGACCAAGGUCCAAUUUUCUUGCAAGCCAGUGGAGAUGGGAAUUUGGGGGAAUGUGGUGGUCUCUGGUUGCAGGAAGACAAGUUGGUGAUUGUGAUGUAGGGGGUCCUCACCGGUAAUGAAUGACAGUACCUAGUUUGUCUUAUUCGGAAGGGGUCUCUAAGACGACGCCUUUUAAUGUUGGUUCUUGGAGUAAUAAACAAUAAGCAUAACCCCUUCACUGCUUAGGUUCCAUUAAGGUUGCUGUGUCUUUGUUAUAUCGUGUACUGGGGCUGCAAUGGGAGCAGCUUAGUACCUGUUUUAAUUAGUUUCUGGUUUAUGUUGUUAGAUACAAAAAUGACCACCUGGUGGUAAUCACUUUUAUAGAUUGCACCUGGAGCUGGUUUAAUGGCAACUGUAAUGUUUUACCUGCAUGGCCUUAUGAAAUAAAGUAAGCUUCCAA